AUACAUCCUGUGUCGUUAUUGGUUGUCGUUGGCGCCCAGCCCCUGAACCGAUGCCCGCGUAGCCAUUUUUCUCUUCUCAUUUCGAACGCGCGCUACAGGUUUCAGAAGCCUUCAUUUUCCGAACCGUGUCGAUCUGAACUUUCACUGCGCGUUGAAAAAUAAUUUUCAAUAGUUUUUGACCUUUGAGCUCAGGUUUUCUGCCUUAGUUUUUACAGUCUUAUAGGUUGAUUCGUCUUCUGGCUAUUUCGAGUCUUUCCUUUCCAGUUUAAGCCGUUUAGUGACGUGAAAUGGCGACCCGCAAGUCCUUCCUGCCACGUGACAUUUCGGGAAAUGCAAGUCAGUGCCAUACUGCCGAGAUCGACAGAUGCCGAGUAAUCGUCAACUAUCUCCCCGUCACCGUCAAGGAGCCAUUUGUCGAGCAGAUCUUCGGCACGAGGAAGAUCCUCGGUCAGCACGGCGAACUGCUGGAAUGCAGAGUAAUUCGCCGUCGGGUGCACGGUGAUCGGAUUAGUCGCGGAUACGCAUUUCUGACGUACAGCCACGAGGACGCGGCCGCUCGGGCGGUAAAGUUGCUGAACGGGUUUAUCCUGCUUAACAGUGGCUCGCCGGAGGAUGUCGAUGCAGCGGGCGAUCGCAAAGUGAAACAGCUGAAGGUAUCCUUCUGUCGACCCUCGGACGCCGAGCACCAGAACACCAACCUCUUCAUCACUGGCGUUCCGUGCGAGUGGGAGCUGGAGGACCUCCGUGAGCAUUUCGGCCGUUCUGGCGGCGCCAUCCUCACAAACAAGCUGGCUCCCCGCAACUGUAUCUGCAAGGGCGCUGUGGUAAAUGGCAAUCCCACCGUGCCGUGCGAGACGACCAACUGGGCCUUUGUCCGCUUCUCCCGCCACGCGGAUGCCGUUGCAGCGCAGCGUCGCUGGCACAUGCAGCAGCCACAGCCCGGACGGGGCCGCCCCCUCAACGUAAGGAUCCUGGACGACGACCGUGCCGGCCUGCGCUACUUGCAGCUCCAAUAAGCGGCCGCGUCCAGGUCAUCUGCAUUGUAGUUGUGUUUGUUUUUUACUUUACGUGUUGAUAUUGCAAGU